UAGGGAGAAACUUGAAUUGAUAACCACGAUAUCUCUUCUUUUUCUCUUAAUUAGCUCAUGUUUCCCUCAAUCCUUAUAUCCCCAUAAUCUCUCUUUUCCUUUACUCACGAUAUCCACUUUAUUCACUUCACUCUAUUAAUACUGAAAAAAUUAUUGGGAUGUUUUUUUAUUUUUCCCCCAAUAUAGGUGGGGCUGUACUAAGGGUGGGGCUCUAUGUGAGGGUGGGCUGUAUUUUUCAACUAUCCUCCAAAGUGGGGCUGUAUUAGAGGGUGGGGCUCUAAUAUAGGAAAUACGGUAAUUAUUUGGAAAAAGAACAAAUUUUAAACUUUUUUUUAAAUCUUUUUUUACAGUCAAACUAUUCUAUGAAAUAUUUAAAAUUAAUUUAAUAAAAAAAUAAUAAUUUUAGAGUUGUCAAGCAUGUUUCAAGCGUGUCUGUGGCCCACCUUGCACUGCUAGCUGUUCUGCUUGUAAAAAUUGUCAAGAUAUUAAUUUCAAACCCCAAUGUAGAACUCCUUGUCGCGGAUUUCAUGGAAAAUUGGUUAUUCCACCUUGCGUGGGUAAAUAAAUGUUCAAUUAAAGUGAAGAAAGAAAUAAAAGAAAAUAUUAAUGAACUAUAUAAUUAUAGUUUUAUUAAUUUAAUGAUUUGUAAUUUUAAAUAA